UUUUCGUUUUCGUUUCCAAGUUAACUGGAAAAAUUGCGUGGCAGCUCUAUCGGAAAGCGUCAGAAAACAACAAGCAAUGUGAAUAGGAUUGAACCGUUUGUUUUCCGCGUUAUUAUUGAAUUAUUUACCUAAAUAAAUAUUUAUAUUGUAUUGGGUAAAAUUUGUUUUUUUUAUUCGAUUAAAAUCAUAGCAUAGUGCAUAUAAAUGUAAAUUAAUGUUGCAUAGUUAUUUUCGAAUAAAAAGAAGACAAACACAAAAAGUGAGAUAAAAACUGAAUAGCCAAAACGUAACGUCGCAAACAACACCUAACCUCAUAUUUGUCGAAAAAGCGGGCUAAGGAAACGUCAAAGACUAUCGUUAGUGUCAGCAAACUUCCAUUGCUUUUGUUGUAUACGGUGUAGUGUUAUUAGAUAUAUAAUUUGGGAUUUAAAAGACGGUGGCUCCAGAAAAAAUUUGCGAAAAUUUCACCGAAAAGGAAACAAAGUUUUCAUCAUAUCAGAAUGGAAGUGGACGAUGCUUCUGGAGUGAUGAGAGAUUCGCCAAUUCAUCGAACGGAAUCUCCACGAUGGAAGGAAGAGAAUAGCGGCGCCUCAGCAAUCAGCCACAUUAGUCAAGGUGACGAUGCAAAGCCUGCCGAAAUAAGCGAACAUGAGGAUGAUCCUCCUGAAGAGGAUAAAGUUGAUAUACAUUCCGAUGAUAAAAAUGAAAAUGAUUCACUUCAUUCCGAAGCGGCAUUAAAAUUGGAAGUAUCAGGCACUGAUGAAGACGAUAGUCACGAUGGUGUCGCAUUUGAUUACCACUUAUUAAGUGUGGAUAUGAGAAAUACUGAAAUGCUUAAACAAAAUGCUAUAAAUGUAGCACUUAAACGUAAAAGAUAUGAAUAUCGGCGUUCUGGAUCGACAGAAUGCUUAUUAGGAUUUGACGAGCGAAGUGGGGAAGCUGUUGUUAUAAAUGCGGACUUGACAAUAUUUACGCAAGGAAAAGUUAUUGAACGUAAAGAAAAAGGAGGCACUGCUACUUCCCCUCGUCCGAGUAAAAAAUUGAAAUCAAGCUCUACGGCUUCACCAUCACGAACAUCGCCAGUCGUGCAGGCAGUUUCAAAUACAUCUUCUAAAGAAAUGGAGGAGGAGAAAACGCGAAAAAAAGAGCAAACUGAUCAUGUAGUAGGUGAUAAUGAUAUACCUACUAACACAAUGUCGAAAAAUUCAACAAAUGCUAUAGCAAGUUCUGCACCGCCGACCAGCGCAAAUAUCAGCAAAAAAGCAUUGUCGGCACAAGAUGACUUUUACAAAAAACCAUUCGAAUUUGGUUGGAAACGUGAAUUAGUAUGGCGUGCAAACAUAGAAUCAAGUAAAGACAAAGCGGACGUUUACUUUAUUACACCUGGUGGUAAAAAAUUACGGACACGCAGCGACAUAUUGCCCUUACUUGAAGGCGAUCUAACCAUUGAUCACUUUAGCUUUGCUCGAGAGCCACUCGGUAUGGGUCCCGAAUUCGAGACCGUGCGUAGUGCAAAACCAUCUAGCCGAGUUUCAUCGGCCGCUGCCACAAUAGCUGCAGCACCCGCGCCUAAUAUCGGUAAACGUAUUUCUAAGCCCAAAGGGCCGAAAGGAGCCAGUCCACCACCCCAAGGCUGGACACCGACGCGAGCGCUUAAAGUGAAUAACGCUAUGCUUAGCAGCUCCACCUCAAGUAGAUUCUCAACAAAUUCCACAUCCAGCACGCCACCAAGUAGUCGACAAGCCGGUUCUAGCAGUGGUACAAGUCAUAAAAGUAAUAAAGUAAAGAAGACAUCUGUCACCACAAAUGUAACUGCUACAACAACGCCAACGGUCAACAGUGCGAACAACAGCCGUUCAAUACAUGAACCUUGCACAGCCAAAUGCACACGAGCAACAGGUCAAGUUCCUCAACUGAAAUGUGUGAAAUGUCUUUGUCUUUUCCAUCACGAGUGUGUUGGCUUAAAUCGCUUGAAUAGCGAAUAUCGUAUUGCUGCAGAAGGUAGUUCUCAAACAAAGGGUCGUGAAUAUGUCUGUGAGACUUGUUUACCCGCAAAAGAGGUGACCUCUGCAACAAAAGCGGCCACAACACGUAAGCCAUCCACUGUACGGCCGAUACGACUCGAAAACAAGUACCCACAAACAAUUGCGGUAGUAAAGGGAAAAAAGUAUGUGAUGGUUGCCAAACCAAUUGCACCCCCAACUGAACACGUCAAUGAUAUUGAAAAUGAUCUAAAACAAAUUAAUGACAGCAUACGUAACAAUCGCAAGACAUCUGCAGUUUCAUUGGAUUCAACUGCGCAAACCCCCGGUACGCCAAACGUACAAAAUGCUGCCGAUCAAUCGAAUAAAGUUUUCGCUACGAACUUUUUUGCGAAUGUCUCAUUUGCGUAUGACGCUUUGCUUUGCAUUCUUAAAUACUUGAAAAUCCAUGAACGCCCACGUGCAGCGUCGGUGUGUAAGCUCUGGAAUCUCGCUGCCAAGGAUACAUCGUUAUGGCAAACUGUUCGUAUGAAAAAUUCUCGUGUUAGCAGUUGGGCAGGCUUCUCUGCUGCCUUGCGUCGUGGCGAAACAAGGCAUUUGGAUUUGCGGAAAAUGUUAGUAUCCAGCACGCGCGGUGAGGAAAUGUGGCAAAGUUUUUCUGAACAUAUCGGUACGGUGUUUUCGUUGGAAAUUAUUGAUUUGUGUCGUUGUUCGGCGCGAGUUGUUGAAAGUUUAUUUCAAAGCAACAAAAAUUUACGCAUAUUGAACGCUAUUGCAAUUAAUGAUGAUGCCAUAAAUCUUGAGCAUAUCGGUGUGUUAACAAGGCUUGAAGAAUUACGUCUACGCACAUGUGAGCCUGCAGUUAUUACGGGUAAUUUAGAAUCGCUACAAGCACUCAAAAAUCUCACUCAGCUCUCUAUAACGGCUGUACGAGAGUUGGGUACUAAAGGUGUCGAGGUAUUUGGUGAACUUGGGAAUUUAUGUUCGCUGGAAUUAGGUGAAUGUGGUGAUUUUGAUUCGACUUUUGCAACAGUUGUGCUACCAAAACUGAAAAAACUGCGUCGCUUGCGACUCGAAAACGGGCAAGAAACCAGCUGUUGUACGUUGGGCAUACUGGAGGCGGUUGCACAACUUGAGGAAUUGUCACAAUUGGAAUUGGUCAACUUUGAUAUUAAAUCAGGAUUUGAUGAAAAAUUACAAUUAUGCACUAAUAUACGGAAAUUACUCAUCAUUCCUACGUAUAUUUCACAGUCAGCAACAACAAAUCACAUAGUUUUGAAUGCAGUACAACAGGUAGCAUAUACAUUAAAAGUGUUCACUUGGGGCGUGACAGUUGAGUUGCUGCGCGUGACCGCCUUAUACGUAGAUCAGUGCGAGGAAUCAACUAAGAAGGAAAAACAUCACUUUGAUGAAUGUAUACCGGUCUUGAAGCCUGUGCCUGGUGCGCCUACUAACGAGGAUGGUGAUGAAGAUGAUGAAGAGAGCGCAAACUCUAAGGAAGAACAAGUGCCAAGUGAUGUACCGCAAAUUGAAAUAUUACCAUUAGACAAAGUGGAAACCAUACUGGCAGAUAAUUUACCGAAAACUAAAUUUACAAUUGUCAAAGUGCCGUAUCAUGCAACUUGUAAACAACAACUUGUAGAGUGAAAGCAUAGCAAGUUAUUUGAAGAUAUAAAACACUUAAAAAAAAUUUUUUUUUUUUUACAAUGGAGAAGAGUAUGAAAGAGGAAUGAGUUACAAUCGAACGUCUCUUGCUUUAAUAUUCUACCAUAAUGGAUACUAAUUUUCAUCCGACUUGUAAAGCCACAUUUCAUUUUAUUCGCGUGUAUUUAAAAUGCAAAAUUCUUACUGUUUUAUUUAAUUUCAAUUUUUAAUUAAUCAAGAAUUGUUAUAAUUUGGGAAAAGAUAAAAUAUGUUUUAUUGAGUUAGAAAUGAACUAUAUACUAGUGUGUAUCAUCUUAUGUCAGUCAGCUUGUGUUGCACUUAGCGCAGAAUUUUAAUUUAAAAUUCCCAUACUCACUACAUUCACACACAACAUAAACAUUAAAAAAAAAAAAAACAUUUGAAAAA